AUGCCCGUUUCCUUUUCGAUAAAGAGACCAAUUACCGAAAGAAAAAAUACAAUCAAUAUAGUAACCAAACCCGCUAACAUACCUCGUCCUUUGACGUCGCCAACGUCACCGACAUCACCGUUCGUCUGCUUGUCACCCCAUAGUCCAUAUUUCACUCUGGUUUCCAAUGGUGAUGACAUUUCCGAGGUGGCAGACGAAUACUCGACGCACAUGAUCUAUGACAUUGAUCCCAGUGGUUGCACUCGAGGAAAACAUAUACUAGGGGCAACAGGUCAGCUAGGUAUCCAAAUAGUAAAUCAAGCUCUUGAAUCAUCCUACCACGUGACCGCAUUAGUUCGUUCAGAUUUGAAUCUUCCAUUCACUCGCCACCAGCUCCGAAAUCCAAAUCUCGUGAUAAUGGUCGGAUCCGUGUUUGAUCGACAGGACUUGGACAAAGUAAUUGAGGGUCAAGAUGCUGUGAUAAAUUGUAUUGGUCCUCAACCCCUAUUCGGCAACAAUACCGAUAUAUGUUCUCGAAGCCAGAAAAUGAUCAUUGAAAGUAUGAUCGAAAAUAAAGUUAGAAGAUUGAUUGCCGUCACAAUGCAAGGUAUAGGGACGAUUAGUGGUGUGGAUAAUUCGACCAAUUCAAAUAAUUCGAGUUCCAGCAGUGGUGAAAUUAGGUGCGAUACCGAGGAUCGUCCAACAUCACCAACCGUUUCACAGAUCCCUGUGAUUUCAAAAGGUUGGCACAAACUUUUUGGUAAAUUGUUCUCAAAUAAGGUCCUCAACGACAAAGAAUUGCAAGAACGGAUAAUCAUGGAGAACAACGAUUUUAUUGAUUACACGAUAAUUCGGCCGGGACGAUUGACCAAUGGUACACUGACCGAAACUUAUAAGGUAAUGGAGCACGAUGACGUGCGGAGGAUCGAGAAGGAUAGCAGGACAACCACGAAAAGGAGCUCCAUAAAGAUAUCGAGAGCUGAUGUGGCUCAUUUCAUUAUGGGCGAGAUACGGUGUAACCGAUGGGUAGGAAAGACGUUGGUGAUUGAGAGUUGA